AUGGAUUCCACCAACAGAACAUACACGGGAGCCGGAACGCCAACACUGGUGACGUCGCUGCUGAUAUCUGUUGUUGCCUUUUUCGUCAUCAUCAUCGGUAACGCUCUGACGCUGGUGGCGGUGUGGCGCACGCGACGUCUGCAGACGAUACCGAACAUGUACGUCACUUCCUUGGCUGUCGCCGACCUCCUGACGGGCUUCCUGGUCGUUCUCAACUUGCUACUGACCGUGGAGGUGUCCGAGGACCUCUACUACAACAGGUCGCUGUGUGUGGCCGAGCUCAUCAUCAGCCUGGCUCUGGGGGGAGUCUCCGUCACCACCAUGGUGACGAUCGCCAUCGACAGGUACAUCUACAUCAUCCAUCCUCUGCGCUACCCGACAAUGACCACUCCACUAAGAGCGAAACUCAUCAUCGCUACAACGUGGAUAGUAUCGUCGUGCCCCAACGUGUUCCUCGUUUUCCACAACGACUGGGAUCCGUCCGUUGGCUGUUCGCUGCCGUCAACGAUUCCCGUGGAAUUCGUAUACAGAUUCACUGGUGGCUAUUUUGCAAUGGCCAGCGUUGUAACCUGUCUGUUCUAUGGGGCGAUCUUGAGGACGGCGUGGCGUCAGAAUCGCCGCGUUGCCGCGGACCUGAAAAACAGCGAGUUGACCAAGUCCAGCUGGAAGCUUCUGAAGCUCUUCCUGGUCGUGUUCGGAGUCUUCUUCGUAUGCUGGUUCUUCGUUUCGUUGGUAUUCAUCCUCGGCCGAUUCCUGACUGUUCCUGCGUGGGCUUCGUAUAUUUCGUUUCGAAUGUUGUUCGUCAACUCCGGUGCCAACUUUUUCAUUUAUGCAUGGAUGAACAGAGAUUUUCGAAUUGCUUUCAAGAGUAUUUUGUGCCAAUCUGGAAACGCUUGCUGUGUGUUAAGAGAGACAAAUACAACUUGA